UAGUAGACGCCGCCCCCCUUUCCACCUCCCUGGGCGUCCUGGAAUAUACACUCGUAUACCUAGACAUCCUCACCAUCAGGUCCCAAGUGCCAGAUCCUUGAAGGGUUUGAUAUCGCCAUACAUGGGGAUCAUGCCAUGGCUAUAGUCUCAACGCCUGCGGACGACCGACUGAAACAAACUAGCAGACAGACCAGCUGGUGGACACUGUACAAACGUACGGUGACUUCCUGGGCCCGAUCAGCCAUGAUCAGUCCUAGAAUCGCUGUUCUCACGCCGAUCCUCAUUCCAUUGACUUUGUUGAUGAUUCUGUACUCUAUCACGUCUUCGCAUGGUAGCAGUUCGACCAUUCAACACGGCCUCCAUCUCGCCUCGUGGUCAAAGGUACCUAAAGUCCACUUGUUUGUCCCUGUCAAUGAGGAGGCAGCGAUCACCACACCGGCAUUCUGUAGGACCAUGCAAGGGGCUGUGGUGAAUGGAUGGUCGCCGAUCAUCUUCAAUUGGAGUGUCAAGUCGAGCUACCAGUUCAGAAAGGUCCAAGGUCUAGCGGAACUUUUGGCAUCGCCUGUUUACAUGCGAGACAUGAAGGAAGAUGAUCUGAUUCUCACGAUGGACGCUCUGGAUGCUUGGCUGCAGCUCUCUCCGGAUGUCGUCGCGAGGAGGUUCUUGGAGAUGGGCGAUGUCAGCGUUGUCGUAGCUGCUGAAAAGAACUGUUGGCCAAAUGAUAAGGAGGGACACGAUUGUGUUGAUGCCCCAGUGUCACCACUGAUCAAGGGUCUAUUCUGGAAGGACGACAGAAACGGUAGGCAGCUGGAUCCAGAGGAGCUCGCGCCUCGGCAUGCGAAUUCCGGCACGGUCAUCGGUCGACUGAGCGAUAUGCGGGCGUUCUACGCCGGAUUGUGGGGCUUUAUGAACAGUGACAGGUACGACGGAUACGAUGAUCAAAGCAUUCAACAUGCUACUCGCAGAUGGCAACCUCGACUUGGACUAUCAUACCCGUCUGUUCUGGCCCUUACACGAUGACUUUAUCAAUGCCCAGUUCACGGGUCUACGGUAUCCGCCAGACCCAUCCAUACAAGCUUUGGCGAUGGACGAUCCACCGGACAGCUCAAGUAUCCCUUGGGAUCUAUAUCCUCCACUGGCGCAGCACAAAGUGCAUGGUGAAGUGCCUGCGAUCAUACAUUUCAAUGGAGGCAGCAA